AUGGCGGGCGUGGCGGAGGCAGCGACCUCCGGGAGCCACCUGAAUGGCGACUUGGACCCAGACGACAGGGAAGAGGGAGCUGCCUCUACGAAUGAGGAGGCGGCCAAGAAAAAAAGACGGAAGAAGAAGAAGAGUAAAGCAGGGCAACAAGAAACUGAUAAAGAAUCAGCUUCAUUUGAUGAGGUAACAAAACAAUUGGAAAAACAAGCAUUGGAAGAGAAAGAAAGAGAUGAUGAUGAUGAAGAUGGAGAUGGUGAUGGAGAUGGGGCAGCUGGAAAGAAGAAGAAAAAGAAGAAGAAGAAGAAAGGACCAAAAGUUCAAACAGACCCUCCCUCAGUUCCAAUAUGUGACCUGUUUCCUAGUGGUGUGUUUCCCAAAGGACAAGAGUGCGAGUACCCACCCACACAAGAUGGGCGAACAGCUACUUGGAGGACUACAAAUGAAGAAAAGAAAGCGCUGGAUCAAGCUAGUGAAGAGGUUUGGAAUGAUUUUCGAGAAGCUGCAGAAGCACAUCGACAAGUUAGAAAAUAUGUUAUGAGCUGGAUCAAGCCUGGGAUGACAAUGAUAGAAAUCUGUGAAAAGUUAGAAGAUUGUUCACGCAAGCUAAUAAAAGAGAAUGGCUUAAAUGCAGGUCUGGCAUUUCCUACUGGGUGUUCUCUUAAUAACUGUGCUGCCCAUUACACUCCCAAUGCUGGUGACACGACAGUAUUGCAGUAUGAUGACAUCUGUAAGGUGGACUUUGGAACACAUAUAAAUGGUAGGAUUAUUGACUGUGCUUUUACUGUCACUUUUAAUCCCAAAUAUGAUAUGUUAUUAAAAGCUGUAAAAGAUGCCACCAACACUGGAAUAAAGUGUGCUGGAAUUGAUGUCCGUCUGUGUGAUGUUGGUGAGGCUAUCCAAGAAGUUAUGGAAUCAUAUGAAGUUGAAAUAGAUGGGAAGACAUAUCAAGUGAAACCAAUCCGUAAUCUAAAUGGACAUUCAAUUGGGCCAUAUAGAAUACAUGCUGGCAAAACAGUGCCCAUUGUGAAAGGAGGAGAGGCAACAAGAAUGGAGGAAGGAGAAGUGUAUGCUAUUGAAACCUUUGGUAGUACAGGAAAAGGUGUGGUCCAUGACGAUAUGGAAUGCUCCCAUUACAUGAAAAAUUUUGAUGUUGGACAUGUACCAAUAAGGCUUCCAAGAUCAAAACACUUGUUAAAUGUCAUCAAUGAAAACUUUGGUACCCUCGCCUUCUGCCGCAGAUGGUUGGAUCGCUUGGGAGAAAGUAAAUACUUGAUGGCUCUGAAGAAUCUGUGUGACUUGGGCAUUAUAGACCCAUAUCCACCAUUAUGUGACAUUAAAGGAUCAUACACAGCACAAUUUGAACAUACCAUACUGUUGCGUCCAACAUGUAAAGAAGUUGUCAGCAGAGGAGAUGAUUAUUAA